AACUUUACCAUUUCGACGUUUAAUCCAUAAAUUCUGAAUUUUGGAGCUUCAAUUAUUCAUUUCUAAAAUUCUUUACUAUGUCCUUACUCUCAUUUCCGUUCCUCUUCUUAUUUUGGUCCGUAGAUUCAGAUAAUCAAAACCAAAUUUCAACCCUCAUUCUCUUUAUCUUCCUCUUCAUGUUUGCUCUCUUAUGGCUCCGAUCCAAAUUCCGGCGUCCCUCUUUACCUCCAGGCCCCCGUGGCCUGCCGCUGGUCGGUUACCUUCCAUUUUUAUCAGGCAACCCCCACCACAAAUUAACCCAUUUGGCUAAAAUCUACGGCCCAGUUUUCAAGCUCCGUCUUGGGCCAAAGCUCUGCGUCGUUCUCACUUCGCCUGCUUUCAUCAAAGAAGCCUUCCACCACCAAGAAACUCUCUUUCCCAAUCGAAACACCACCGUUUGUGCUCUUCUCUCCAGCUACGGAUGCUCCGGCAUUGUCUUUGCCCAGGAUGGGGAGGACUGGAAGAAGCUAAGAAAAAUCUUCGUCCGGAAAAUGAUUAGCAAGUCCAACCUCGACGCGUCCUACUGUGUUCGAAGACAAGAGGUGAGAAAAGUGAUUAAAGGUGUGUUCGAAUCGGUGGGAACACAAAUAGACAUUGGAAAGGUGAGUUUCCUUGCGACAAUGAAAUCCGUUGUAGCAAUGACAUGGGGCGAUUCGGGGCGGGUGAUGGGAGAGGAUGGGGUUGGUUUGGAAGUGAAGUUUAGGGAAAUGAUGGAUGAACUGGUGGUGUUGCUAGGAAGUCGGAAUGUGUCGGAUGUUUUUCCGGUGUUGGGUCGGUUUGAUUUGCAGGGAAUUGGAAGGAGGACGAAGAAGGUGAUGGGUGUGUUGGAUGGGAUUCUGAAUUCUGCCAUUGAAGAGCAAAGGAAGAUGGGAGGAAAUGGUGGGGGAAAAGGAGGGUACUUGCAGCUGUUGUUGGAGCUUCAGGAUAAUGAAGAUAAUUCAGAGUGCAUUACGAACGACCAACUCAAAGCUUUGCUAUUGGACAUUGUGAUUGGUGGAACGGAAACAACAUCGACUACAAUUGAGUGGGCAAUGGCAGAAUUAAUGCAACAUCCAGAUACAAUGAAGAAAGUGAAAGAAGAACUAAAGAAAGUGAUAGGUUUAAACGCAAUAGUGGAAGAAUUUCACUUCCCCAAAUUAUGCUAUUUAAAUGCCGUGAUUAAAGAGACACUUCGUUUACAUCCUGCUAUCUUUCUAUUAGUGCCUCGAACUCUUACUUCCUCAACCACUCUUGGAGGGUACUACAUCCCAAAAGAUUCAACCAUCUACUUCAACCUUUGGGGCAUUCAAAGAGAUCCUACAAUUUGGGAUAAUCCCUUGAAAUUUAUGCCAGAAAGGUUCGUAAAAAGUAACGAAGAAGAAUGUGCUGGACAGUUUGAAUUGGGUGACAGUAAUAAUGCCAUGGAGUUUUACCCAUUUGGAUAUGGCAAAAGAUCAUGUGCAGGGAUCGCAUUGGCCGAGAGGAUGCUGAUGUUCAUAUUGGCAUCUUUGCUGCAUUCUUUCGAGUGGGAAUUGCCUAAGGAUUCAGUGAUUGAUUUUAAAGAGAAAUUUGGAAUUGUCAAUAAGAAGUUGAAUCCUUUGGUUGCUAUUCCUACGCCAUCACUCUCCAAUUCGGACCUUUACUUGGCCUAAAAUAAGGGAUCAUUAGUUAUAUUAUAGUUUGGGUAUGUGAUUCUAUGUUGUAGCUAGCUUUCUAAAAGACUAGUAGUCGGUCCUUACUGUAUGCUAGAAAAUUUGGCAAACUUGAAAAGAUGUAUGGCCAUGUUGGGAAAAUGAAUAAAAAAUCGUUUUUAGUUUUUAUUA